CACACUGGGGAGAAACCCUAUGUAUGUAAGCAAUGUGGGAAAGCUUUUAGUAGACAAGAUUCAUGUAAAACACAUGAAAGCCUUCACACUGGGCAAAAACCCUACAUAUGUAAACAGUGUGGAAAAGCUUUUACUAUACAAAGUCAUUGUAAAAGACAUGAAAGGCUUCACACUGGGGAGAAACCCUAUAGAUGUAAGCACUGUGGGAAAGCAUUUAGUACACAAGGUUCAUGCAAAACACAUGCAAGGCUUCACACUGGGGAGAAACCCUAUGUAUGUAAACGCUGUGGGAAAGCUUUUGGUACACAAGAUUCAUGUAAAACACAUGAAAGCCGUCACACUGGGGAGAAGCCCUUUGUAUGUAAUCAAUGUGGAAAAGCUUUUAGUAUACAAAGUCAUUGUAAAAGGCAUGGAAGGCUUCACACUGGGGAGAAACCCUAUAUAUGUAAUCAGUGUGGGAAAGCUUUUAGUAGACAAGGUUCACAUAAAACACACAAAAGGCUUCACACAGGGGAAAAACCCUAUGUAUGUAAGCUAUGUGGGAAAGCUUUUAGUACACAAGAUUAUUAUCAAAAACACGAAAGGCUUCACACUGGAGAUAAACGCUAUGUAUGUAAGCAGUGUGGGAAGGUUUUUUGUACUCAGAGUCACUGUAAGAGACAUGAAAAGCUUCACACUGGGGAGAAACCCUAUGUAUGUAGGCAGUGUGGGGAAGCUUUCUUCACAUAUGGUGAUUGUCAGAAUCAUGAAAGAAUCCACACUAGAUAGAAAAUCUAUGUAUGUAAAUUAUGUGGGGGGCUGGUGAGAUGGCUCAGUGGUCUAAAGCACCUA